AUGUCGACCAUAGACAGCGUCACUGGGGAGCACGCCCGGGUUUCUUACCUUGGAGGCUACAUCUUCCUCUCCUAUGUGGUUAGUGUUAUGGGAUGUACAACCACCUUGGAACUUCUCCAUCGACGGACCUCAACAGCCGGUCUAUACAACUGGUACCUAUUGCUUACUUCGUCGAUUACCAUGGGAGGAAUAGGCAUUUGGUGUAUGCAUUUUAUCGGAAAUCGCGCCAUCGUCCUCGGCGACGGAGAUCCCCACGUUCAGGUCAUCUACAGCAUGUCGUUCACAGGUGUUUCAUUCAUCCUACCGGUCUGUGUCUUGCUUGCAGCCUUUUACGCCGCCGGAACUAGUGAGAAAGCAGGAUAUGCUCGUAUCUUGACGGGGGGCUUGUUGACAGGCGGCUCUGUCUGCGGUAUGCAUUAUGUUGGCCAGCUUGGUAUUAACAACUAUAUCUGCUCCUACAGAGCAGCCAAUGUCGCGGGCUCCGCCGUGAUUGCAGUAUUCGCCAGUACUGCAGCCUUGAGUGUUUUCUUCCGAUGGAGAGCUAGUUGGACAAGCAGUUGGUGGAGACGUGGUGUGUGCGGCUGUGGACUGGCCGUCGCCGUGUCUGGUAUGCAUUGGACUGCUGCAGCUGGGACGUCUUAUAUGAACCACAACCAAUCCCUUAAGAAUGGAGGCCAGUUGUCUCGAAGUCAAACGGUCAUUAUCUGCUCUGUUUUGGCUUGCGUUGCUUGUGGUAUUUUAUCAGCAUGCGCUAUAGCUGCUGGUGGAAAUCACAGACGAUUGAAAACCCAAGCGCAACAACUAGUUUUGUCUUCUGUCUUCUUUGACCCUGAAGGCCGUAUUAUGGUUACCCCUCAUGCUCUUCUUCCUACAAAGAAAAUUGUCGACCGUUAUGUUGGCAAGACCUUUAGUGAUGACGACCUUACCCGCACCCACCCAGCAUUCCUUUGGGCCUUCAGAGCAAGUAGGAAUUGGAAACUCAUAAAAGAAGUCGUUCCUUCGAUGCGGGAUCGAAUAGAGGUGGAGAAUGCCUCUGACGAGUACUAUCUCUCGAAGGAAUUGACAUCGGACCGGGAGGCAGAACUACAUACUAGCUUUGAUGAACUCUUCAAGCGACAUUUUUGCGUGGCUGCCCAAGAUCUGGCAGACGACGUUCGACAGCCGCUCGAAGAUCUCGGCAUGUUGUAUGAUGACGUUUUGACUACAUCCACAACCGCCUCCCGCUUUUCGCGUGCAAUGGGGUAUUCGAGGUUACGUGCGGGUAGAGGCCAAUUGAUGUUUACGGUUCGUCAAUUGAACAAACAGGAUGCGUCUCGACUAGCUGCCUCGGGAUUUCGUUUCACUGCCAUUGAGAAUGUUGCCACUCUUUUAUCUCGCCGUAUGAAUGUGGCCUCUACGCCAUUGGGAACUCACCUUAGGGAUAUGCGUGAUUUCGCCACAUCCCACCGAAACUUUGAGUCCGGAGUGCAUCUUGUUUCCUUUGUUCUGCGGCCUACGGUCCACGAUCACUUCGAGGUUUUGACCGCCAAGGGUGCCAGCAACCCAUUGCCGUCGAUUACUUUGCCUACCGAACGCCUCAGGGUCCCUCACUUGGAAGUGCUUUCUCAUAUGGAAGGAUGGUCAAUUUCAACAUGCUUGGAUUGGCUGAAGUCGAAAAAUGCCCGUAAAUUUCAAGAUGUGAGCGAAUUCCGUGAACAGUUGAUCAAAGCAAUGUCAUUGCUUGCCGCCUCGCUGCCCCCGGACGUCAACUCAGCUUCUAGAUUCGCCCCUCGUCCUCUCAUUGCACCGUGCCGUAGCACAAGGAUCUCCGAUAACAAAAAUUGCUUCCUCCUGGCCUUCUGCACCGUUGGGUCUUUAGACACGCGCGUCUUAAAUCCUGACUACAUCUUCACUCCUCUUCGGCUUUUCCGGGUCCAGCAGCAGAUGAAUGGUGGGGUUCCUGAUGCAGAUGGGUUGGCCAAGGAAUUAAGCCAAGGUCUCCUCUAUUCGAAUGUCCGCUCCAGCUCAAACACCGACUCUGAUGCGGCACCGUCGGUUCGACCCCCCCGCAGCAAAUUUUGGCCGUCUUCUCGGAAACACUCCAAACGAAACCGGUCGAUGUCCCAGGAGACACUCACUGAUAGUUCUCCACUCGGAGACAUCGUGGUGCGGAGAGAAGUCAAAGUCGACGUUGCGAAAAUAUCAGAGCCUACGGUUGAAUCCGCCAUGGGAAGACAAGCUUCCGUUACUACGGUAGUGGCGGGUGAUAUAAGUGCUCAAACUUAUGUCGACGAGCUAUACAACCUCUGCUACGCUCCAGGCAUCCGCCUGCGGCCAGAUACAAACUUCUGCCACACCACCUUGUCGAACGUCUGA